CUGCGCAUGCGCCUCUCACACGUGCUUCUAGAACGCCCCCCUCUGCCGCUUCAGCCCCGCCAGCAUCAUGCUGCGAAUUCCUGCUUUUCAGCUGCUGGGACGCAGGGGGGCGAGUAGGGUCUGGCGCUUGGAGGACUUUAGCCUACGCCACUACAGCUCGGGCGCUCCGAGUGUCCGCGAGGAUACUCGCGACGCGCGCGCCUACUUCACGACACCCAUUUUCUACGUGAACGCGGCGCCGCACAUCGGGCACCUGUACUCCGCGCUUCUGGCUGACGCCUUGUGCCGCCACCAUCGCCUCCGAGUUUCCAGCGCCGCCGCUACGCGAUUCUCCACUGGUACCGACGAGCACGGCCUGAAGAUUCAGCAGGCAGCAGCCAUUGCGGGCCUGGCCCCGUCCGAGCUGUGCGACAGAGUCUCUGCCCAGUUCCAGCAGCUUUUCCGGGAGGCUGACAUCUCCUCCACCGACUUCAUCCGCACCACGGAGGCUCGGCACCAGCUGGCUGUGCAACAUUUCUGGGGGGUGCUGAAGACUCGGGGUCUUCUCUACAAGGGACUCUAUGAAGGUUGGUAUUGCGCCUCUGACGAGUGCUUCUUGCCUGAAGCCAAGGUCACCAGGCAGCCGGGCCCGUCGGGGGAUUUGUGUCCUGUGUCUCUGGAGAGUGGGCAUCCGGUCUCCUGGACUAAGGAAGAAAACUACAUUUUCAGGCUUUCCCAGUUCCGGGAGCCUCUCCAGCGGUGGCUGAGGAGCGACCCGCAGGCCAUCACCCCGGAGCCUUUCCAUCGCGCAGUCCUCCAGUGGCUGGACGAGGAGCUGCCGGACCUAUCCGUCUCUCGAAGGAGGAGCCACUUGCACUGGGGCAUUCCGGUGCCCGGGGACGAUUCGCAGACCAUCUAUGUCUGGCUGGAUGCCUUGGUCAACUACCUUACUGUAAUUGGCUACCCGAACGCUGAGUUCCAAUCCUGGUGGCCGACCACCUCUCAUAUCAUAGGCAAGGACAUUCUCAAAUUCCAUGCUAUUUAUUGGCCUGCCCUCCUCUUAGGGGCCGGCAUGAGCCCACCACACCGCAUCUACGUCCACUCCCAUUGGACUGUCUGUGGCCAAAAGAUGUCUAAGAGCUUGGGCAACGUGGUGGAUCCCAGGACUUGCCUUGACCGCUAUACCGUGGAUGGCUUCCGCUACUUUCUUCUUCGGCAGGGCAUCCCCAGCUGGGACUGUGAUUACUACGAUGAAAAGGUGGUUAAGUUGUUGGAUUCCGAGCUGGCAGACGCUUUGGGAGGUCUUUUGAACCGGUGCACUGCCAAAAGAAUAAAUCCUUCUGGGACCUAUCCGGCUUUCUGCACUACGUGCUUUCCCAGUGAGCCAGGGUUGAUGGGGCCAUCCGUUCGAGCUCAGGCAGAGGACUAUGCUCUGGUGAGCGCAGUGGCAACUCUACCCAAGCAGGUAGCAGACCACUAUGAUAAUUUUCAGAUCUAUAAAGCUUUGGAGGCCGUAUCCAGCUGUGUCCGGCAAACAAAUGGCUUUGUACAAAGGCAUGCACCGUGGAAGUUGAACUGGGAAAGCCCAAUAGAUGCUCCCUGGCUGGGUACUGUGCUUCACGUAGCCUUGGAAUGUUUGCGAGUGUUUGGAACUUUGCUCCAGCCUGUCACCCCAAGACUGGCUGACAAGCUGCUGUCUAGGUUGGGGGUCUCUGCCACAGAGAGGGGCCUUAGAGAGCUCUAUUUCUUGCCUCGAUUUUAUGGACAUCCAUGCCCUUUUGAAGGGAGGAGGCUGGGACCUGAAACUGGUGUGUUGUUUUCAAGACUGGACCAGUCAAGGGCCAGGCUGGUGAAUGCCCAUAAGACCUAGAAACCCACUUCUUAUUAGCUUGUGGUAGAAAAGCAAAUGUGUUAUUUUCUUAAUUUUCAUUUUCAGGGAAAUUACACUAAUGCUUUCUAAAGUGGUGCAUCAAAUGAGCACAUAAGCAGUGUCCCUGUGAAAAGAGGCUUGUAGCCUUUCAGGAGCCAGCUCCCUACUCCUCAGUUCUCUGUGUCCAUUAACCACUUUGCAUCCCAGUGUCCUUAAGAUGUCUCAAGGGGAAAUAUGGGUGAUGGUGAAGGGAGGAAAUGAUCAAUGCUCCAGGAAUCUCAAACGGAUUUAGGGAUCACUCCAAGGCUCCAUAAGAGAACAUCACAGAGAAGAUGUUAAGAACUGCAAACCAACUUUAGUUCUUGGAGUGGACACGAAAUUAAAAUUGUGAAAAAAAAAGAUUCUACAAUACUAAUUGUGCAAAUUUAAAUAAUGUUAGAAUAAAUUUCCAUGAAGUCAACUUAUUGCAUAUUUAUAUAAAAUGUUUGUUCCUUUAUUAUUAGCCCAAUCUUCUAUAAAAGGAAUAUAAUGUUUUGGCAGAAGAAAGUUGGAAUAUAUUUUAAAUAGGCAGCAUUUAAAGAAAAGUUGGCAUGACCAUUCUUUAAAAAGUUCUACUUAGUGUGGUGUUUUUUAAUGAUAAACUUUUCCAAUUCUCUAAGAGCAAUCAAGCUUUGUAUUUAAAAGGUGAAAUGUAAUGUUUUGGUUAAGUUUUGUUUAGUUAAAGUUAUGUUUUGAAAGUCUAGAAACCUCACAAACUAAGACCUGAAUGAAAGAUAAAAAGGAAUAUUGACAGUGUUAAAGGGAAAAAUAUGUAUUGAACUAGACAUGAUAUAUGCACUGAAUACUUGUACUUGGCUAAGAUGCUCUAAGAACCCUUAUACUUCUUGUAUGAAUAACAAAAGCGGGUCAGAAGUAGAUAUGGAGAUAUUUGUCAGUAUAUUUAACAAUAGUGUCAACUUUGGCUUUAGUAAUUGGAAUAAAUAAAUGGUCAUAACAUGACAGAUUUCCAGAUAUUAUAUAUACAAAUUGUUUUUAUAUGUAUUAAUAUCUGGCAAAAUUUCUAAUGUAAACCUAAAAUCUGAACUGUUUUAUCAAAAACAUUUGGUAAAAUAUACACAAACCUAAAUACAGUGAAAACUAAUGUGGAAGCUAGAAUCUUUUACAUACUUUAUCUCCUUAACAAGACAGUGUUUUUUGAAUUUAUGUAAUUACAACAAAUGGCCUGUUACUCUGUAUAUUCUGUAUAUGCCAUGCUAUGUCUAACAAAUAUAAAGCAUCUGGGAAAAGAACUGUAAAGUCCAAACACUAAAUAUGAUUUUAAGUGGUUGUACAUGACAUUAUCAUGUUGACAAGAUAAAUGAUGACCAAAUUUUUCAAACUUUGUCAAGAUGCCUGUUUUAUAGAUAUAAUCUUUGUUAUAUUUGUUACAGAUUAUAAGUCUGUGCUACUAAAGUGUGUGUGAAUUAAUAAAGGAAACCAUGAUUUUAUCUGUAA